CCCCUGCCAUUCAAUUCAUUCCCUCCACCAGUUAUUCCCUAUAUAAAGGACCCCCUACUUCCAAUACAAAACCACCAAGAAGCUGAGUAACACACAGAAAAACAGAGCAGCCAUUGUAUGCACUGACAUAAAUAGCCAUGAAUUCUUACCAAAAAGUUGCAGUUCUGGCUCUUUUGCUGGUAGCCAUUGCCGGCAAUGGGGUUUUUCUUCAGCUAUCCCAUGCCCAGAACAUUUGCAACAUUUCCAGCGAGGGUCUCAUGGCCUGCAAGCCAUCGGUGACUCCUCCGAACCCGACCCCGCCAUCAGCGACGUGUUGCUCGGCAUUGUCGCAUGCUGACAUGAGCUGCCUUUGCUCCUACAAGAACUCCAGCCUCUUGCCUUCCCUCGGAAUUGACCGAAAACUCGCCAUGCAGCUCCCUGACAAGUGCAAGCUUCCUCAUCCGCCAUGCUAAAGUGGCAAGCAACAUGGCUGUGGCUAAAAGAGAGAGCAUCAUAAUAACAUGACCUUGUAAUGCUUCUCUUUAGCAUAUGUUAUAUUGUGAGAUUUCUUAGUUUUCCCGUUUUCUAUGAUAUGCUG